UAAAAAAAAAAAAAAAACUGUUUUAGUACACUGGACUGAUGAGGCAACUCUUUAUCUUUUAAUCAGGCUAAAUAAAGUUGACAAUUAUUUUAAUAAAAUAUACUGUAUAAAUAAAGACAGUGCAAAAAGCUUCAAAUUUAAAGAAAGAAAAAUGAUUUCUUUUUCCUUAAUUCAAUGAUAUGGGUGUUAUCUAUUCCUAAUCUUUCUCCUCUAUUUUAUCUCUCUUUCCAUUUUCCAUUUUCCAUUUUUUUGAAAUUCCUUAAGCUGCUGGCACCUUACUAGUGUUUCUCUUUUCUCAAACUCUUUCAUUAAUAAGUGGAUCUUGAAUUUCCUUUUUGUUCAUUUUCCCAUUUUAAUAAUUUGGAUUUUUUUCAUUUCCAGUUUAUCUUUUAAUUUUGUUUAAGAAUGUCUUUAAUGAAGUCCUAGUCUUGGAUUUUGUAUAAUUUAAUUAAAGUUUGGAUUUUGACUUCAUUUUUAAAAGGGGUUCUUGUUAAUUUGAGUUUUAAGCUGUUUUUCAUUUAUACUGUGUUUCUUUUUUCAGCUUUGUUUAUCUUGGAUUUUGUAUAAUUCAAAUGUUGGGUUUUUUUACUUAAUUUUCAAAAAGGGUUCUUGUUAAUUUGUGUUUUAAGCUUAUUUUCAGUUUUGUUUUAUCGGGUCUUUAAAAAAAUUCUAAUCUUGGAUUUUGUAUAAUCUAAGUUUUUUUUUUUUUUUACUUCAUUUUUCAAAAGGGGGCUCUUGUUAAGUUGGGUUUUAAGCUUACUUUUCUGUUUUUUCUGUUUUGAAUUCUGUUAUUUAUUUAUAUUUUUGUUUUGUGUUGAGUUUUGUUAAGGGAUUGAUUAGUGUGUCACUAGCUCCAAGACUCUGUUGGGCUGCUUCACUAAGCUUACUUUCUUUAUUCAGGAUAUGAGCAUCACAAGUGAAACCGAUGAUAUGAUGACAUCCAAAGUUGACAUAGAUUCGCCAGAUGAAGCUAGUGGUGGAGAAAGUGUACCACUUAAAAAAGGUCCCUGGACUACUGUGGAAGAUGCGAUUUUAGUGGAUUAUGUCAUGACAAAUGGUGAAGGGAACUGGAAUGCUGUCCAGAGGCAUUCAGGACUUGCUCGUUGUGGUAAAAGUUGCCGUUUGCGGUGGGCAAAUCACCUGAGACCAGAUUUAAAGAAAGGUGCAUUCACUCCAGAGGAAGAGCGGCGGAUACUUGAACUACAUGCUAAGAUGGGAAACAAAUGGGCACGAAUGGCUGCUGAGUUGCCUGGCCGCACAGAUAAUGAGAUAAAGAAUUACUGGAACACCAGAAUAAAGAGACGACAGCGUGCAGGAUUGCCAGUUUACCCUCCAGAUAUUUCUUUCCUAGCAAAUCAGAACAAACAAAAUGAGGAGUUGGGUGCAUUCUCCUCUGUAGAUGCCCAAAAUUCUAAUGUCUUGGGAAUUAACAAUUUUGAAAUUCCUGCUGUGGAGUUCAAAAAUUUGCAGCUCGAUCAUCUGUUGUAUCCGCCACCACUUGGUGAAAUUCCUGCUGUAAGUAGCUUUCUGGCCCAGGGUCAUAGAGCUCCCUAUGGUAGUACGUAUUUGCUUUCAACAAUGCAUCCCUCAAAGCGUAUACGAGGAUCAGAAUCGAUGUUCUCCGGUUCAAAUGGUGAUCUUCUCCUCAGCUCCUCACAAUACCAUAAUGGCGGUUCUUUGCUUGCUCAACCCUUGGGGUUUUCUUCAUAUAAUCAUCAUUUAACAUAUGAUGAUGACCGAUCAUUCUCAAGUGUAGUUCAUGGCGGCCAUGCCUGUUUAAAUGGCAACUCCUCUUCUUCAGAGCCCACAUGGGCCAUGAAGCUGGAGCUCCCUUCACUCCAAAAUCAGACAGCAAACUGGGGCUCACCUCCUUCCCCUCUUCCUUCAUUAGAGUCGGAUGAUAUUCUGAUUCAAUCCCCUCCAGCUGGAAACAGUGAAUCAGGUAGUCUGUCACCUAGCAACAGUGGCCUACUGGAUGCUGUGCUUUAUGAAUCCCAAACUAUGAAAGCUUCAAACGAUAACUCACACCAAGGGAAGGAGACAUCUGGUGAUGCAGUCAAUAAAGGAUGGGAAAGUUAUGGGGAUCCAGUCUCUCCUUUACAUCAUUUCUCUGCAUCAGUUUUUGGUGAAUACACCCCUGUCAAUGGAAGUUCAUUACAUGAGUUCCCAUCAGUGGCCACAAUGCCAGGAUGCAAGAUUAAGAAAGAGAUUGGCGAUCUAGCCCCCCUGGAUGAGAAUGAUGACUCGUUGAACCAGACAAUCUUUUCCAGCCCCAAGACACAGCAUGCUAAGAACAGUCUGGCAUUGAAAGAAGUAAUUAGUUCUGGCUUUUUCGAUGAUUGUGGCUGGGAUUGCAAGCAAAUCCGUGCAGUAGCAACAUCAUCAGGUCAAGCUUGUGGACGCAGUUCUUGGGAUGCCAUGUCAGCUGUGUAGUCAACAACCCGAAUGAUAUUAUUAUGGUACUUUUAAGGUUUUGAUAACGUCUUUUGACACUAAACUUGGUUAUCCUAUUAAAUGACUAUGGAAUACCAUGUAAUAUUUUCCAUAAGCUGGAAACACUUCUGCAUGUUCUUGUGUGUGCAUUGUUUAGGCAAUGUGGAGACAAAAAUAAUGAAACAUUUUUUUGUGGCA